AUGGCCGGUCGAGAAUCCGAUAAGGGGUACCGCUACGUCGCGGCCCUGGACACUGCGCGCUGUCAGAAUAGAUGGGAUGAACUCCCCGAGCUCAUUCGAAAGGUGACCAAGCAUGCGCCUCAGAAGUCAUGCCUAUUGGAAGUAGCUUCGGCUGAGUACCAGAUCGCUGCCGAGUCUCAAAAAGGACCGCCAACUGCUCGACCUUCGUCGUCCUCCAGCUUGCCCGAACUGAUCCCGUCCCUUCUAUCUACGGUUGAGAGGGGAAGCGAGUCAAAAGAAGACACCUUCCAAGCGCAGGUCUGUCUAGGAUGGGUGCACUGGACACUUAAUGAACCCGGAUUAGCGGUGGCUCGUCUACCCAGAGACUUCGGGGAGACCAUAGACGACCUCACGACCGGAGAACACAUCUCUCCGUGGACCGAAGUGUGCAUUGUCAAAAGCUGCUAUCUCAAAGGCGCUUCACAGCACAUGAUUUCUAGUGCCACCGAGGCUAUCGACACUUUCAAUUCACUCGUCCCCUGGUUAACAAACCAUGGCGAAGCAUCCUCUAAUAAUCCCCAGUUUCUACACUGGUCCGAAAAGUUACUAGGCGAAGGCGCAUUCCUCGCUAGCCAGGAAGCACUUAAGCAAGUUCCGGUUCUUGACGGUGAAUCGGCGAAAACCGCCUUCAAGCUAUGCAGACUAUGGUCAUCUCAUCCCCUCGUCAAGCAGGGGGUCUCAUCCCCUGUACAGCACUUUGACGGCGAUCGCGAAUCUAUUUCAAAGUCGGCAAUCUGGAAGUCUUACUACGACCUAUUAUCUGCGGUUUUAGUCCACGAACUAGAAUACUACCCUCCGGCGAACGGGCCGGACCGCCCUCAGCUCUCCAGCGAGAUACGUCGUGUGGAAUCAUUAUGUGAAACCAAUCUCUUGCGCGAAGUCAAGUUCCCUACGGCAGAAUCUAAGAAUGUUCAGGUUGAGGAUUGGGUCGAGCAAGUGAUCCAAAAUUGGGAAAUCCUCUGUGGCUCGGGGUGGACCGAUGAUGAUCUCGGCGAAGGAGGUCAAAACGCAGUUGGCCGGAACGUUCUUGACAUUCUUUACCGAGCAGCUACGAAAACAUACCAUUCACAUUUGAUUCUGCGUCGUCUUUUCCACGUUCAUUCUGCACUGGCCGAUUUUGACCUCGCUCUAAAAGCACUUGAUUCGUAUAUCGAGAUUGUCACCAAUGCCAAAGAAAGGGCGGAGAAGGCUGCGCAAUACGGCGACCUAGAGAAUGAUGGAACUUUGCUCAGAACUGUUUCUGAGGGUAUCACCAUGCUCUGCUGCUUUGGCUCGGCGAAGGAGGCCGAAAAAGCCAAGGCUUUAACCUCUCUUCUAGUGAAAUUCGUCGAAAAGCAUGUACAAGAGGACCUCGAUGAUGAGGAGGGAAGGCUUAUUAUCGUCCCCGAAUCGAACUCGACUAAAUAUCAAGCCGUGUCUCCCUGUGAUGUUGCUACCGCGUACAGAGGCAUUGGCAUUGGGCUGGCAAACUGGGCCAACUGGACCCCUAUAAACGAGGACCGGAACGACAUACGAGCCGAGGCUAUCGACUAUCUAGAAAAAAGCAUCGCUCCCGAGCUGGAGGACGAGACUAACUUUUCUUCACUUUAUGCGCUUGCGCUUCUUCUAGCAGAAGAUCGCGAUUUGGACGGUGCAAUCGAAUACGUCAAGACCGCUUUAACAUCAAACACUCACCCUGGAGCCAACCAGGGUAACUUUGCUCGAGAACGCGAUCUCGUACCCUUGUGGCAUCUUCUUGCAUUGCUUCUGAGCGCCAAGCAUGACUUUGAUAUCGCCGAACGGUCCUGUGAAGCUGCAUUCGAGCAGUUCCCAUCUGCUGUCACGUCUCUUGCGCACAGUGACCGACGACCGCAAAAGCAACACAGCAAUCUUAGAGAGCGUCCUGGCUCUCCCGGUUUGGACCAUGCCCUGAUCGAUCAGCUACAGGGUAGAGAGAAAGAGCGCAUUGUCGAGACCCGUAUGAGCCAGCUUGCAUUUAUUGAGCUCCUCGAGGGCCCAGAAGCUGCAGUCAACCACAGCGACCAGCUACUUGGCCUUUUUGCCACUCUCUUCGGCAACUUGAACCUCGAAGCUGACGAAAAGAAAACCGCCUCGGUCGACCAUCUAACGCCGCCGAAAAGUUCCGCAGGCACUGUGAAAAGCCUCCGCGGAAGUAUCUUUGGUCGGAACAGGGGAUCUCGAGUGGGUACCGAGCACGCAAGCGACAACCAUUCAAGCAGUGUAAACACUUCGGUCGCCCACAAUGAAUCCUCUAUCAACAUGGAUGGGGCACCGUCCAUACAUGUCACGGAUGAAGACAGACAGAUGGCACAGGAGGCCCCUCAGCCUGUUGCACGAUCCGACUCCAAGAAACUGCGAAAGCGCAGCAGUACCCUCAGGAAGUCAGAAGUUCUUGCGGGCCAACAAGCCGGCCAGGUGAACGGUGACAUGAAUGCACCCGAAAUCGCCAGUGUCCCAGGAACACAGCAACCUUCUGACGACGGAGGAUUGUCCCAGGACAUGGUAGGACUUGCAGUCUCGAGUGCAGACAAGGAGCAAAGCGUGCAGAAUUCAAAGCACCCAUUGCGCCCUGCUGCUCAUAAUAUUGACCACAAGAAGUACCCUCCUCCGAUAGGCCAUUCUCAGCAGCCCCCCGAGCAGGAUGUUCGAUUGCCGACAUUAUACGGAUUUGACUCGCCAACCAGGGCAAUCACCAAAUUUCCAAUCGCACAGGCACAAAAACAUGCACUUUGCAUCCUCGUUAAAACCUGGCUUCUCAUCGCAGGGCUCUAUCGGCGGGCGUCCUUGUUUGACGAUGCACGCGAGGCAUGUGAUGAGGCGGCCAAGCAAGUCACGCGGUUCGAAGCGCUUUCUGCAGUACAGGAAUCGUCAGCCAGGUCUUUCACAGAGCGUGCGUGGGGCUCUCCCAAGAGCUCCGAAGAGCUUUGGGCUGACCUGCUCGCCGAACAAGCGCUCCUAUGCAAAGCCCAGUCGCGCCCGCAUGACGCGAUGGACCUUCUUGAAACCGCCUUGUUACGUAACCCCGAUCAUCCGAAAGCCACCAUUACCCUGGCCAACUUCCUGCUCGAUAUUUGGGAUCAGAAAUUGCCCCUUGAACCUCCAGAGACAGAGCUCCAACCUGAUUUGUCCACGCCGUCCUUGAACUCGGCGAGGAAGCAAAUUCCGGACCCCAAGGAACAAACAACCUCCUCGCCGACUACUGACGCUGGUGAUUCGAAGGAAGACGAGUUGCCCUCCGCAAUUCAAGACGAGGAACCCAGGCUGCUCAAUCGUAUUGCGGCCCGAGACAGGGCGUAUGGUUUGCUAUCAGUCUUGACCAAACAAGGAAGCUCUUGGGAUAAUACCGAGGCUUGGUAUGCUCUUUCCAAAGCGUUCGAGGCGCAGGGACAUAUCGAAAAAUUGAAAGAGGUGCUGUGGUGGUGUAUUGAGUUGGAAGAUCGACGACCGAUUCGGCACUGGUCCAACAUCGGUUCCGGUGUAUAUGUUCUCUAAUAAGGAUUUACAUUCUCUCUGUAUUUAAACCAUUGACAAGAGCUAUAAUACUUGCUGUUCUGAUCUAC